AUGUUUAAAAAGAAGCCCACAAUCAAAAACCUCUCGCCCCUGCGAUCCUCCGACCGUCGCAAGAUCGCUGAUCAGAUUAUCAGCGACUACAAAAUCGAGGUCCCGGCCCAGCAGCCCGCCAGCGAUGAACCGAAUAGCUCUGCCCCCAACCUGACCUCGAUUAGAAACUCCCUCCUACCCGAAAACUCGCAAUCGGCGCGGUUCACAACCACCGCUGGCCCUCAGCUGCGAGAAGUGCAGGGCACCGUGUACGUCGGAUCGCAUCCGGGAGGCGAUGAACGGAUCCUGUGGUUCAAGCUGGAACAUGGUCCCGGCGCAGAUGGACGACUCUACCCCACCGUAUACACUUUGUGGCAGAACCCGAACCUGGUACCCCUCCUACAUACCCCGGAUUUUGUGAUGGGAAAGCUCCGCGGCGGUGCGGACCUCAUGACUCCUGGUCUGGCGGAUGAGCCUCCCUUCCCCGAGCGGGCAGUGAAGGGGGCGGUGGUUGCGGUUGCUGGACUGGAUAAGCAUACUGUGCCGAUGUUUGUUGGAAUCUGUGAGAUUGAUGUCUCAGCGUUGGGAGAAGUUCAAGGCACAAAGGGGCAUGCUGUUCGUGGACUACACUGGGAGGGCGAUGAGAUAUGGGCGUGGAGUUCGGCAUCCAGGCCUGGUCAGCCUGCGCCGGAAUAUCUUGAAGGCUGGGAUGACGAGUUAGAGGAGGAAGAAGAAGAGCUGCGUGAGGUCGAAGAGGGAGUUGAUAGCCUCGGAUUGGGUGAGAACGAAGGCUCUCCAGCAGAGGUGGAAGACCAACCAGGCGAGGCGCCCGAAGAGCCGACUGAAGAGCCUGCGGUUGUUGAGAAGGAGCCGUCGACGGCAGAAAUCGAUCUGGUGUUCGAAAGGGCUUUCCUGUACUCUCUAUAUAAACUCAAACAAGACAACCCUACGGCCCCCAACUAUGGUCUGUCUUUUCCAAUCCAGCCCUCUGCGGUGAUAUCGAACAUGGUGUCCCCGUAUCUACCGAUCUUCUCGGCACAGCAGUCGCAGUUCUACAACAUCAAGAAGACCAGCUGGAAGAACGUCAAGAAGUUUAUCAAGCACUUGGGAAAACAGCGUUUGGUAUUAUCCAAAGAGCGCAGUGGCGGUGAAACGGUCAUCAUGGAUGUUGAUUUCAACGACCGCCGCGUCCAGGAGUUCGUCCCUUAUAGACUCCCAUCCAAGAAUGCUGCCCUUGGAAACGCGGGCAAGAGUGCUGCUGGAAACAAGAAACCUCCUGCCACAGAAGGGGACUCGUCUGUCGGGCAGACACUUACCGUGCAGACCCUAUACCGACCAACAUCGAAAUUAGUUCCGACAAUAUUCCCUGCACGGUCGACCAGCGAUCCGUCCAACUUCUACCGAUAUACCGACGUGUCCAACAACUUGGACCAGUAUCUGCAAUCUCAGAGCCCCUCCAUCGUCGAUCCACAAAACCGCCGCAUCAUUAAUCUCAACCCGUUCCUUGCCAACACUAUCUUUUCGUCCUCGUCCAACGACGACAGGAGCACUCUGGCCCGUGGAAAGACUACUCGCGACGCACUCCUGAAGCGUAUCACGGAGGAUCAUUCUUUCAUGACCGCACACUAUGCGAUCCUUCGGGCAGGCCAGACUCUGGCAGAUGUGAAGCCCAAGGCCGGUGCGGCGCCGAGAGUGAAUGUGACUCUCGAGCGCCGUACGGGCUCCAAGACCGUCACCAAGGUGUCGAAUCUGGAGGUGUUCGGUAUCGUCCCUAAUCUGCUUGCCGAAGAGCUCCAGAAGAAAUGCGCCAGUAGCACUAGCGUCGCCCAAGCCAAUGGGGCUCCGAAGGGAGUCAUGGAGGUGCUCGUUCAGGGCGAUCAACGACGCGCCUUGGAAACGGCGCUGCUGCGACGGGGACUGAAGUCUCAGUGGAUUGAGGUGGUGGACAAGACGAAGAAGAAGAAGAAAUAA